CCAACCCCCGAAUGACACCAUAAUGCAGCCCUCUCUGACAUAAGCUGGUAACUCUGCUUGCCACACAAUCAGCACCCUAUCGUCUCCUAGCAGUGGCCCACAGCAACAUUGUCUUCAAUGUAAAAAUGUGCCUAUUUGCAGUCACUCUACCACCACCACCAACAGAGCCGGGACGGAGAGGAAACCACGGUUCUUACUACCCAGGGCACCCCCUUCCAACGAUUUGUUAAAACAUGGUAGAUUACUAUGAAGUUCUAGGAGUGCAGAGAUAUGCUUCAUGUGCGGACAUUAAAAAGGCUUAUCAUAAAGUGGCACUUAAAUGGCACCCUGAUAAAAAUCUAGAAAAUAAAGAAGAAGCGGAGAGAAAAUUCAAAGAAGUAGCUGAAGCGUAUGAGGUAUUAUCAAAUGAUGAAAAACGGGACAUUUAUGAUAAAUACGGCAAAGAAGGAUUAAAUGGUGAGGGGGGAAGUAAUAUUGAUGAUUCUUUUGAAUAUGGCUUCACAUCCCCUAAGCCAGAUGAUGUCUUUACAGAAAUUUUUGGUGAAAGGGACUCAUUUUUAUGUCUUUUCUUUGAAGACUCACUUGAGGACCUUUUAAAUAGUCCAAGAAGUUCCUAUAGAAGUAGAAACAGAGGCGCAAGAUCCUUUUUCUCUACCUCCUGUGAAUAUCCAGUUUUUGAGAGAUUUUAUGAAUAUGACACAAGAUAUACACCAUAUGAUUCACUGGGCCAUGAAGACCUUAAUUUUUUCUCUUCCCUGGCAUUUGAUGACAGUGGGAUGGACAACUACACAUCUUUUACUUCAUAUAAAACUGUUAACGGCAGAAAGACCAAUACAAGCAUAAUUAUUGAGAAUGAUGAGGAAAGAGAAGGGGAAGAUGGCGAGGUAGAGUCCUUCCUCAUUAUAAACGAUGUGGCAGAUGAAGAGGGCUUUGCAGAGCACAGGUGGAGAAGACAGUCACUUGACAAUUAUUCACCAAAGUCCUACAGCUCCAAACAUGUGCCUCAAUACACUUGUGUGGGAAAUGAGCAACGUAUACCGUGGGUCACCAGCAACAAGGAUCCCUCUGUUUUCUCAGCAGGAUUCAAAGAAGGUGGUAAGAGGAAAAAAAAGAAGCAUAAAGAGGUGCACAAGAAGAAGUCAACCAAAAGGAAUCGUUAAAUUGGCUCUUCAGACACAUUAUGUUCAUAUAACAUUUGGAACACGACUCUUUGUGUUUUGAUUAAUCAGUUUUGUAGGUAACUUUUGUUUAAUACUAGAGUAAGACUUAUGAUUAACACAAUCAGCAGGACUGUGGUCAGUGGUUGUUUGGAGGUA